AUGAUCGGAGAGUCGUCGCAUUCUAGCAGCACAGCUUCACCACAGUAUGACGAGAUCAUUCAAGAAUUAGCUUCUUUAUGCAUAUCAUCAACAGGUGGCUCAACGAACGAUUCUGAAGACCCAUGCUUCUUUCAGGGAGCACUUGGCAGUAAUGCCUUUGUUAGAUAUUCCACCUGGAAGAUGAAACGAAAGGCGCAACCAGAAAAUCUGGAAGUUGAUGAAAAGCUGCUUCAUCUUACAAAAACUGUGGUGCAGGACUGUUUAGAACGCUGUAAUACUAUCGAGAGCAACAGUCUCAGCGUAUGGACGAAUCCAUCCUUCGGGUCUCAUAUUCUGCUCACAGCAAUCUUCCAUCAGCUGGAGCAAGGUGAAGCUAGUCAUCAGGAGAUGGACGAAGUGGAACACUUUUUGGAGAAAUGCAUCGAAAAAUUUGGUAAAGAUAAUUACGAACAAGUCUCUUGUAAUGUGAUGAAUGGACUUGCAGGCACGCUUCAGGGGAUCUUCUUUGUCAGACGAGAAUUGCAGCGUCCAGAUUGGGCCAAGAAGGCAGCCAUUCGUAUCGCGACUGAAAUAUUACAACGCGGAAGUGAAAAUUACGAAUCUAGAAGAUCCACCUCUUUGGCACCGUUGUACUGGGGAACGCUUGGUGACGAGGAGACUGACUGGACCAUGUCAACGGGUUGCGCCGGAAUUAUGCAAUCGCUUUUGGGAUUGGAAGUCAAUGAAUGGAACGAAAUCGAGAAAACAAUACCCAACGCCCUUAUAAGCUUGUUAGGAAAAACAAUACAGAAGCUGCCAGCUUAUGGAAACAUGGAGUAUUACUCGAAAUCGAAAAACAGCAGCGGUUGGACCAUGGACGGAGCAGCAGGGCAUGCCAUUCUUUUGCUUCAAUCAUAUGUUGUUUUGGGGUCAAUUGAAUAUCUCAAACAAGCGCAGAUGCUAGUCCGUACAAAAAUAUUGCCUUGGUGCUCUGCAUAUAUAACCGAUUCGAAGAUCUUGCCCGUUAGCAAAACCCUUGGUCUAUUUGAUGGGGUGGUCGGCAUUUGCUACUGCCUCUGGCUAAGUAAAGAAAAAAAUUCAGCGAGAAAACUGAUCAAUAAAGCAAUUGCAUACUGCAAGAAGCGAAUUAAAGCUGGGCAUCCAAUGGAUUUGUCACUCGCAAAUGGUGUGUCGGGUUUUGUGCGAUUGCUUAAGCAGAUUGACAAUCGAAAUCGUGACGAAGUAGAGAUCCCAUUCUUGAGCUCUGCAUUAUUCAACUUUGAUAUGGAAAUUCAAAUGCCGCUCAAUGAAGGCGGCCGUGACUCAUCGGCGCUGCAUGCAAGAAGGAAGGCGAGAAAUGAGGCGAAGCAAAAUGCCAAACGACAUCAGAGUCUACCAACUCAUCCCCAAGCAAGUAGCAGUGGCCAUAGUGCAAGACGAAGCUACCAGCUAUCAAAUCUAUCGACGCCAAAGCGAUGGACGAGUACAUCAGAUCUUGAUGAAGAUUCUCACUUAUCAGUGAGCUCAUUUAGCAUUGAGGAAAAACCUAGAAUUCAUUCAUCGAUUCAGUUCCCAAAGUCACGAGCCAAAAGGCGAGCAAGUAAUACGCAUAGUGUCAGUUCGACAUCAUUUUCUCUCAAGGAAGAGGACGAGAAUGUGGAUAAAAAGAGGACAGGCUCGUCUCCACCUACAACCAAUGGCGAUAGUGGCGACGAUAGCAGCAGUUUCAGCACCAGCAGUCACAUGGAGAGUGGAACUGUAGACGACCAGGCCAAUCCUCAAUAUCUAGCAAAGCAAGAUUCUGACAAUGAGGAGUAUAUCAAUGCAAAUGUUUCGGUAUCUUUGUUUCCCGACAAGAAUUUUGGCAGCGACAGCGACAGCUCACUGGAAAAGUCGGAGAGGAAACGGCCACCAAUUGAUCGAUUAUCCUUAUUUGCAAAAACACGGAACCAGAAUCUCAAUACUGACAGUGAUAGCGACAGUAUUAUUGACAUUGAACCACCAGUGUCACAUUUGAAUGAAACGCCUUCAACCUCAAAUCGAAAGUCGCUCAGCGCCCACAAGUCAAAAGAUCCCCGCAAAGAUUCAGACCACUCUCAAACAAGUCGACUAUCGCUUCAGAGAAGUCCGAAACCGCAAAUGCAUAAUUGGAUGACCGCUUCGAAGCGGAAUCUAAUGGCUGGUUUGGAAGACGAUGGACCUCUCCCGCCCCUCCCUAACACAAGUACUCGAUCAUCCGAAGGGCGAUUGGCUGGAAUGCGAAAUUCAUCACACCAUUCACGCCAUGCUUCAAACCAUUCUGCUGCCAGCACAGCAGAGUCGAUGAACGAUGAUGAUUAUGAGCCGGGCGCAAAUGACGAUGGGUUGGCUCUUGGUACCGCCGAUGAAAUGCCGAACGAAAACUACUUGGAUGCACUUGAUGUCUCCGCCCGGUCAACUAGCGACAAUGCGUACACCCACUACAAGCCAAACCCGACACAGAAAAAAACUUUGAUGGAUGAGGAGUCCCAUGGAUUCUCUUCACUGACUUCGAGCCAAUAUCCCUCAGCUAGAUUUCUCACAGAAUCGCUUCAAGAAGCUGAGAACGAGAGUGGAUCCGAUUCCAUGCAUGAAGAUGAAGGCACAGUUGGAGAUGACGAUCUAGCAAUGGGUUCGCCAGAUGAUAUGCCAAGCGCUGCCUACUUAGCUACGCACGACGUAUCAACUAGAACGCGUACGUAUGAUCCCAUGCGGAACUAUAAGCCUGUACCGGUGCAAAAGAAGACACUGAUGGACGAAGAAGAUCAUGAACGCGGGACUCAGAAAGACAAGGCUAAGGGUAGGAAGAUGCGAUCGCUCAGCGAAGAUAUGAACGAAAUCGGUUCGGACUCAAUGCAUGACGAUGACGACGACGAUGGCAUAGCAAUGGGUUCGCCAGAUGAUAUGCCAAGCGCUGCAUACUUGGCUUCGCACGACGUAUCGACUAGAACACGGACAUAUGAACCCUUGAGAAACUACAACCCUGCACCUGUGCAAAAGAAGACACUGAUGGAUGAAGAAGACCAUGAACGCGGUGCGAAAAAUAAGAAGACCAAGGGUAGGCAGAUGCGGUCGCUCAGCGAAGAUAUGAACGAAAGCGGGUCGGACUCAAUGUAUGAUGAUGACGACGACGGCACCGAGGGAGGUGACGGCUUAGCAAUGGGCUCGGCAGAAGAAUUACCCAGUGCUGCGUAUUUGGACUCGCAUGAUGUCUCCACAAGAACGCGAAGCUAUGACCCAUUCACCAACUACAAACCAGUGCCUGUGCAAAAGAAGACUUUGAUGGACGAAGAGGGACACGGGGCUUUCAGAAAUCUUCGUUUGCCAUCUGGACCAAACGGCGCAUCCUCGAAAGUAGAGGGCACGCAGCACUCUGCUUCCGUUUCUGUUGACACAGAUGAUGACGAUUUUGAAGACGACGAAAUGGCAAUCGGGUUGCCAAACGAGGUUCCAAACUUGGCGUAUCUCGAGACACACGAUAUUUCAACUAGAACCAGGUCAUAUGACCCUUACGUAAACUACAGGCCUGUAAAGGCUCAACAAAAGACGCUGAUGGACGAAGAGGGACAUGGGGACCGCCUUUCGUCCGACGACGAUUCUCGGUCGAUUGAAAGCAUGCACGUCCAAUUGGACAUGGACGAGAGACCAAAUUCGGAAUAUUUGGCACGACAAGAUUCGUUAACAGAAGUCUACUUUGACUAUAAAUCAAAAACAACAACAAUGCCAGUUCACAACCUGCUGGAUGAAGAAGACCAUUCAUUGGUAGAUCAGAGUGUUCCUGGGAUCUCAAUUGAUUCGUUUGUUGCGGAAGAAGCUGAAAAGGAUGAGCAACCAAACACGGCAUACUUGGCGAGGCAAGACUCGGAACAAAAUGAGUACUUCCAAUUUUCCUCGGGCACUACAAAGUUGCCGUCUCAUCAGGCUGAUAUGACGGGUGAUUCGAAAGAAGUCAAGCAAUCUGCAAUCGAGGCAGAGAUCGAAGAAGCAAUUAAGAAUGAGAGUUAA